UUUGGUGACGUAUGACGCUCUCGGGCGAGCGGAUCCAGCCUCCACUCAGCCCUGUACAUUUUCAGGCCGGGUAGGACCCCAGCAACAACACCGCGAUCGGUUCAACCUAUGAAGAUUGGGCUUUACAAUCGCCAUCCAUCCUUUGAGUAGACAGCAUUUUGUGGAAAUAUAUCCCUGUCACUGAUCAGAAGACUCACUAAGUCGUUGAAUCGGUGAGUUACAAACGCCAACCGCUGUCUGAAAUAUCUACUUUUUCGCUCGUCUUCUCCGCUGCCCAGUUUAUUGUUGCUUUGUUCUGUGCAGCAGCCAUUUUUAAUCGCCUUGUCCUACAUUCCCAUCCCUGUCGUCUGACCGCUCUGAAAGCCAGGAAAGGCUGAAAAUGUUGGCAUGUCUCUUGGGUGUUUUCAUGAGGUUUCCACUAAGAAAAGCGUGUUUAUAAAAAUGUCUAACACCCCUGCACUGAACCCCCCCAAGGCCUGUCAAGGUUGUUUUUGAACACCAGACUGGAAGUUGAACGGGACUGCCGUUUUACUAGUUUUCAACUAAGGAAGCUAGCUGAUGCUAACUAACAGCAAAUUACAGUUUUUUCUGUCAUGUCUACGCGGAUAAACACUACAGGAAGCAGUAAAUUCCCGAUACUGAAAACGUCUGAAAUAUGGUUUUCAUGGUGAAACACAGCCCAACAAGGCCUUGCACUUCAUGUUUACAUAGCCAUUUUUCUCUUAGCCACUAGCUAGCACAUUAUACAGAUGAUGUUCAGCAGCUUCACCGAGACUCUGUUACAUUUUGUGCUGUAAUAUUGAAGUUGAAGAGGAAUUUGACAGCACUUUUACCCCGGUAAAGUCAACCAAAUUGCCUGUUUUUGGUCCUUGUGAUGUUCAAACUGCUUUGGUUUUGUGCAGUAAACCAAAUGGUGUCAGUUUCAUGUGUCGGAUUUAGCAUUAGCUUUCCAAGAGGUAGCGGCGCCUGAAACUGACAUUUAAGCAAUUAUAUAUCAGACUUUAACAAAUACUUAUGAGUAGAAGCGAGCUAAUAUGCUUAUUUUCUGCUGUUUUUUUCGUUUCCACGGGUGAAUUAGUGUGGGACAUGAGAAAAAUCAAGUAUAUGUCGUUUGCUGUCAAAGCAUUAGCUUCCACAUCUGUGUUAUAACCGUGUUGAGUCUUCUUCCUCCUGAAAAUGUGUAUUUUCCUUAUCGAAAAACUGCGAAUUUGACAUUAUUAUUGAUUUGAGAUUGUGAUAUGAUUGCUCUUCGUUGAGGAAUGUUUUUCCCUGUUACUGUCAGUAAAACGCCUCUGCAGAGCUCAAAGCGAGCGGCCUCCGAUACACCGUGAACCGUCUGUGUUCAGCACUUUAAACGAUAUUUAUUUCCACAUGCUUAUCCUUAAAACGUUUUAAACUCCAGAUAUGAGUUGUGAACCGAAGACGGUGUUGUGAUAAACUAAAAAGAAUAAGCUGCAGAUCCUAAAUGGGAAUUGCAAAGGAAUCAUAGACAGCCUGAUCAUACAUCUCAGCUAUAACAGGUUAAUCUAUGGUUGUACUGCACAUCUAAUCUCCUGGUUAUGAUUUCACUUUUUCCUUUUGACAGCUUGACCGAAACAUUAUUUUCCAACCGGAUGACGAGAGAGGAUUUUAUUCAAAGUAUUCCUGAUUUACUUAAAAGCACAAACAUGAGAUUAGCAGGCAAUGACAAGAGCAUAAGAUAAGAGACAGUGAGAAAUAGACAAAAAGCUCAGUAAAUGAGACAUAGAAUAAAACAGACACAAGGCAAUUAACCGCAACACAAUAUGGGAUCUGGCUGUGUGAUGGGACUGAUUGAGGGUUAGGAAAAUGUCACUCAUUCACGAGGAAGAGGAUCUUACAUUAAAGUGUUUUUUCUGCUUUUGUUGAGAAUGCUGAAGGAGAAACCCAAAUGUUUGGAAUGAACAUUUUCUGGAUUAAAUGUAAUCAUAUGUUCAGUAAGGGCGCGUUCACACCACCGUUUAGUCCGGUUGAACCGAACCCUGGAGCGUUUACCCCUUUGGUGCGGUUCGUUUGGGUCGGUGUGAACGCUGACCUCGAACUGUGGUGCGGACCAAAUAAACGAAGUCUGGUCCGCCAGAAGAGGUGGUCUCGGACCGCUAUCAAGUGAACUCUGGAGCCUUUCAUUUCUGGUGUGAACGUCAUCCACACCAAUCACAGGAAACGCACCACACAGGUUCCGUUUUCUGCAGCGAUUUAGUUUGUCCUUUGUGAACGCAAACCGGACCAGUUAAACCAUCAAAAAAAAUGUAUCGUCUUGCCUUGGAUUCGAAUCAGGAAAUGGACCUUUAGGUGUGAACACGACCUUAGGGCUGGGCAGUAUAUAUAUAUAUAUAUAUAUAUGUAUAUAUAUAUGUAUAUUUUUUUUUUUUAGGGCUGAAACGAUUCCCCGAAUACCUCGACUACCUCGAUUACAAAUAAUGAUUGAGGAAUUUUCUCUGCCUCGAGUUCUCGUUUAUAAGCUGAAAUUGUCACUAUUUCGCACGGAUUCUUUAAAAGGUGACACAAUGCGCUUACGUCACCACGGUAGAAGGAGGAGUAAGCGCUGUUUAGGUUUUGCAGAGCGGAAAAAGUAAAUGAUGAGAGGGACUUUUCUUGCAGUGUUGACAACCUAGCGACUCUGGUUACUGAGGAGUUGGCAACACAGUUUUCUUGUGCAGAGCUCCAGUAGCUCAUUAGCACGUAGCCUCUGAGUUGUGGGUGGAGACAGCGCUGCUCUGCACACUUCUCUUCAUGCUAGCUUGUAGCCGAACAUUGCUGGUGUCGUAGCAGAAGCAGAUAACACAGGAACUAUUCAGCUUUCGGACACUAAUGUCUUUAGGGGCAUGAUUAAAGUUAAUGUCAUCAUAAGCUUUCUUACGAGCAUUGCAAUCCGCUAACGCACUCACUUGUUCCGCGAAUAUAGCCUAUUUCUCUGAGUCUGGCCUUCAUUGCUGGGCUAGAGGAAAUCUAACUUUAUGUGAGUCUGCCGUCUGGGUCCAAUUACUCGAGUAAUCGAUAGAAUAUUCGGUAGAAUACUUGACUACUAAAAUAUUCGUUCGCUUUUUGAGGUAUUCCCGGAUUUUGCUGUGCACAUUACUCUGCUUCAUGUCUGACCUCAAAAAACCAAAAUACCUCCACACCACCAACGUUUUCGUGCCAGUGUUGUCGACCAUGUCAUCAUCUGUUGUGCCUUCAUCUACAUUUCUGCUGGGGGUAGCACUUAUUUUCUUUUUUUCUCUCCAACAGUGCUUUCGGCUUCACGUGUUAAAGUGCUGUGGUUGUUUGUAGCUGCAGCCUGCUAGUACGCAGUUGUUUGCUACUUGGUUGUAAUUCGGCACAUGAUUGGUUCAGCGCAAAGUGGACCCGGAGCAACUCCCCUUUUCAUUGGCUGUUCAUACAGUCUACCAAAACAUCGCAGAAUGCCGAUUAUCAAAAAUCACAUUGACCAUGUUUUAUAUUGACACUGAGGGAAAUCAAUUUUCUAUAUAUAUGGUUUUAUCGCCCACCCCUAACUAUAACAGAGAACUUCACAAACCUGAAAAUGGUGUCUGAAGUAAACACAGUGUUUUGAACAGAAGUAGUUGUAUCACUUUAAAAUAACAAAAUCACUUCUUGAUCAAUACUUGCUGAAAAAUUCGUGGCUUAUUGAGUAAACAGCCAUGUAAGAACUGAAGUAGAGUUAUUUCAUGUGGACGGGUUGUUCCAGCAGAAGAAUCUCUUCAGGGUGAGGCGAGACCUCUGUGAUUGUGCUUUAUUUCUACCAAGCCGUUUGGUUUCAACAAUUAAAAAAUUUGGUAAGGUAACAAAAUAACUGAUCGUUACAGUCCUGUUUUUUUUUUUGCUGUCUUCUCCCGGGGUGCCAGGCAUGAAAGAUCAACACUAAAGGCUGGAGCAAGUCGUUCUGCAAUCUUUUGAUUGAGAGAGGAGAGCAGGGAGGAGAGAACAAACUGUAUCCUGUCUCCCCCCACCUGAUGUGAUUUGAUGAGUAAAAUUGAGCAUCUCAGUUGAUCAUGACUCUGUUGAAUGUGCACGAUUCAUAUCAGGGAAUGUUUUUGGGAAUUGUUCAGAGAUGAAAAAGGAUGGAGAUGGCACAAGACAAAAUAUUAAAUGUAAUGUGAUGUUAUUUAACGACUUCUAGAGCUCAUCUGCAGAAAAGGACUCCUUUGUAUUAAAGUAAAGUUUGCUUUAGGCUCAUAAGUGUGAUGCCAAGUAACUAUCUUUACCAAGUCACUUUUGUAUUUGUAUUUUAGAUAUCUGAAGGUUUAUUUUAAGGUGUUCAAAGCAUCAUUUAAAUGUGCAUAAAAACCGAAGAAGUGAAUCUGAAAACUGUUGUCAAGGAUGCAGCUUUGAGUGGCGUCUUAGCGCUGGUUUUGGGUCAGCAUUGAGCCGAGCGCCAUUCAUGAACAGAGGUUUACGAUGCACAUGUGCAGGACAGCACAUCUUCAGCUGGAGUUUUAAUCACAGCUGCUCACAGCACACAGCUUACACAAGGAACUGUGCCUCUCACAAGUUUCACACAGAUCAGACAUGUUUGUGUCUCUGCCCGGAGGUUAGAUCAAAGUUCCACUGCAGAAGGAAACAUGGAGGAAACAUGAAAAAUUCAUCUACAGAGAGGUGACAGUGUCUCAUUUAAGAGAAUUGUAUCUCAUAUUUUGUACUUCCAUGUUUUGUUCCUGAACAUGGAGAUAUUUUUCUGCACAGUUACACCUCUGUCUGAAACCAUGCUGGAGGCAGCCCUGGCUAUUUUAAAUUUUUAGUGCUACUUUGAUAUUCUGGAAGUCUUGAUACUUUGAUACUUUUCACUGAAGCCCAUGAAAAAAACAAAUCCACACUUUUGUUUUCAACCCUAAGCUUCUGGGACGGACUGGCAAAGAGAGCCAGGGAGAGCACAGUGAUAGUUGGUCAAUGUGGAGAAAAAGUGCAGAAAGUACUGAUAAAACACACAACAGAAUAUAAGUGAAUAAUGAGAAGUUUUCUGAGUUUCUCAAAGUGGCUGAGCUCAUAGGAACUAAAAAAAACAUGUGCACAAAUGUGCAGGAAGGUCCUGAUUUAGUUUCUGAGCUGCACACUUGGUUUUGCCUGCUGUGUGUCUCUGGGCUCCACCCUCUGUCACAGAGUAACACUAACUCGCCUUAUUUACAGGUCAGCAACUGCUGCUGUUCUGUUAAGACGAUUUAGCAUCCAAGGAAGACUGAGUGUGACUUUUUGUCUGUUGCAGACAGAGAAAAGAGCGAGAAAGCAAUGUUACCUGGUGCUUUUCUGUUUAUCAUACUUGAUCCGGUAACUGUUGAUGUCUGGAGCUUACAGCUCUGCACAGCUGAUGCUAAAGCUCAACGGUUUAUUGUUCGACUUUUGCAACUGAGAUGUGUACAUGCACAACAGUGAAUUGUCAUUCUGUAGGAGCUGAGACAGGUAAUACCGUCACCACCAUCUCAUUUCCCAUGACUGAUCCACAGUCAGACUACCUGCUAUCACUUUAAUGCGGCCUCUCACUUGAACACAAAGGGAACUGGUCGCUUUCUUAUGUAGUGUCUGUGUGUCACAUGACCGUGAAGUGUCAACAUGCAUGCAGCCGUGCUCACAGACUCCCUGGCAAAUGCUCUAUCAAGCAAGACAUGUAUUCCCCAAUGUCUCUGUGCUUUUUUUAGCAUAGUGGACAUGAUUUGACAGUUAAACCUGUAGUGCAUUUAUAGUAGUGUUGACAAAAUCCUGUGCAGCUGAGGACUCACUCAUCAGAGGCCCCUUUUUUGGGGCUUGUGACACAUAUUGAGCAUAAUUUCAAACAUUGUCAGAAAUUAUUGAUGACGUGUAAUAAAGUCUGUGAAGGUUCGUGACAUGUCUCUGCUCCCCGAACUUUCUCCUCUGCUUGUGACUCCCCUCCCUGUAAAAAGAGUUAGAAAAGGUUGGACACAGUUAGUUUUAGGUAGAAUAGGGAUUUGAUUUAUAAGCAGAAAAUACCCAGAAAUCCAAAUAAUUAAGAGUCUAAAUGUAUUAUUGAUUUUGUUAAGUUUCAUCUGAGUAAAUAAACACGCUUAAUUUAUUUGAUUUAAAUUAUGUCCUUUUGUUAUAUCACUUUAUAUUUAUACCGCAGAAAGAAAAAUUAAACCAUAUAAUUAUUUUAUUUUUUUGUUUUACAAUAAUCAGGCAUUUCUAACUGAAGCUUUUAAAAUGGAUAAAUUAUGAAGAAAAUGAGAAAAUAUGGGGACACCUGCAGAAACACACAACACCACACUCCUCUGCAUAUUGAAUAAUAACUCAAAUUAAAAGUUUAAUUUUGGUGUCGUUUCUUGGAGGAAAAGUCCUACUUCUGUUAAUAGUUGGACAAAUAUUGUUCAGUAACUUUUUCUCUACCAAAACUGUGAGCAGGUUGAAAAUCAACAGUGACAAAAUGAGAUUUCUCUUUGUCGCUCAGAUAUUCAAAAUAUUGUUUGAUUCUUUUUCUUCUUGUAUUUACGUUCAAACCUCCUGAGGUCCCAUUAGAAACCACUUCAGUCUCAAUACCUGCAUUGGCCUGAUGUGUGAAAAAUACGCCAUUUGUGAUAACACUUGCCAGUAUUAUGAAACACGCAAUGUCUCAAUACAGUCGAGUGCUGGUCAUCAUGCUUUACACAAUACCUGCGUUUUCAUCAUGUCGCCCCUGAAACUAAGAUAAACCUAAAAAGCACCUUUUGUUGAGUAUGUUAAUAUCCACAUGCUGGGUGAAAAAGCAUUACAUGUUUAUAUGAAAUAAAUUCAGCACUGACAUAACAAUGAGGCGCACCUGGAAAUAGAUGAAUACUCUCUAUUACUACAGUUAAGGUCUAAACAUAAAAUGUUUUUUUCUUUCUUUACAGAAUCUGAAGGCACUGGGAAGAGGCGCAAAGAAAAAUUUCCAUACUCGAUGACAUUACAUCGCAAUGUCCGAUCGUUUGGGGCAAAUAACCAAGUCCAAGGAUGGGAAAAGCAAGUAUUCCUCACUCAGCCUAUUUGACAAGUACAAGGGGAAAUCAAUAGAAACUCAGAAAAACACAGGUAUGGCUCUUUUUAUUCAGCGAAUGUACAGUAUUUGUCUGCUUUCUGAACAUCACUGUUUGCAUCCUUUGAUCCCGCUUUAAUCAGACUCCCCUCGCUCUUUCUCUCUCUGUUUUUUCCCCCCAGUAGUUCCGCGACAUGGCUUACAGAGUCUUGGAAAAGUGGCCACAGCCCGGCGCAUGCCCCCACCUGCUCACCUGCCGAGCCUGAAGUCUGAAAACAAAGGAAACGAUCCCAACGUGAUUAUUGUGCCUAAAGACGGUACAGGAUGGGCGAACAAGCAGGAACAACCCGAGCAAAAGAGGUGAGGGAACCCCUGCACCCUAUCAGAGUUUCACGUUUGAUCUUUUUCACCUCUUUUUGGUAAUUUCAUAUGCUGUGGAAUGAAGUCAGCAAGCAGAUUCAAUGGUAUUAUGAUAGCCUUUCUAGUUUGAAGUCCAUUCUUGUAGACAAGCGACAUCUUCAAUCACACUCACGCAGCAUCAGUAGAAGUAAAUCAUGACUGUGAGCUUUGCAGAGCUCAGCUGUCAUUGUGAAACUGUUACGCCAGGAUUACACAGAGUUGUUUUAUCCACACCUGCUCAAAGGUCUCAGGCUUUCAUGUGGCACAUAACAUUCACAUCACCGUUUUUUCUUUUUUUUUUAAUGUUCCUCUUCUUGUUUGCAGUUCUGUUGCAUCAAUACCACAGCUGCCGCAGUUGCAGCCGCAGCUGGCUUUACAGAAAUCUGUCUCCAAUCUUCAGAAGCCCUCACCGGUAGCCAACCAGGAGGUGUGUAUGUGCAGCUGAGGUUAUGAUCUCGAGAGCUUAGGCUUUGUUCACGUCAGCUGUAGUUUGAGGAGUCUUGUGUGCAGAUUAGAGUCUAAUGAAGCUAUCAGGCUGUGACCUUGGAUUUUCUUCAUUUCCACAGAACACAAACACAGGUGGACCAAAGCAAUGGGCCCAGCUAAAUGGAAAGGCAGUAGAGCAAGAUGGUGAGUCAUCUCAGCCUCGUAAUAAAGCGUGAAAUGUGUUUAAAAUCAAAUGACAUGCUUCUGCUGCUGCUGGUGAAGAGUUUCCCAUCCAAACUGUGACCUAGACCCGUCUUUGCCAAUUUGUUCGAUGACAUUUUGUGUGUUCGAGUCAGACUGACACCUUUUCGUCUCUUGUCAAUGAAAAAAAAACACCAGGUUCAAGGGCCUCAAACCGACUUCAGCCCUUCUCUCACGAGGAAUUUCCCACGCUGAAGGCAGCUGGAGAACAGGACAGGGCUGGCAAGGAAAGAAGCGGCUUCGAUCCGUCGUAUGGGCCCGGACCAAGCCUCCGCCCCCAGAGUAAGUCUCUGCUCCGAAGACUUGGCAGGCUUACAAAUACAUGAUCAAGUCUGGUGGAUAUAAAUCAUUUAAUUGGCAGGUAGUGUUUUGUCUGUCUGGAGGCUGAGUGAUACUUUCACAUACUUUCACACCAGAACUUGCUUAGAAAAUAACUUGAUACAUCAACUCACUUACCGUGCAAUUUUAGCCUGUCUGCUGGAGAUGGUGCGUUUUCUUAAGUUUAUUUUACUUCUUACAUCUCAAAGGAAAAAUUAUGCUUUUCACUCUAGGGUUCUUCAGGGAGGUUAUUAGUUUUUAGAUGUAGGUUUUACUUCACUUUACUAUAGGAUUUCUGCGACUCGGGAAUAUCACUGCCAGGAGACAGAUCGAGUAUCAGGAUAGGGGUUGAAAUUAUGACUUCUUUGGUUCUUCAUUUGAUCGAUGUUUUAUCCUUGCAACCUCAAUUUAUAUAUGCAAGCAUUUGUGUAAGUGCAAUAAUUGCUGUGACGAGAGGCUGGUCUUUAAUCUAAGAUUUUCCUGCAUAUUAAACCACAAGGCAGUCACCUCAUUUUCAUACCGCCCCCUGUCCUCAUCAAGAGUCCAAUGUUGUUUUCAUGAAGAGCUGUUUUUGAGGAUCGCGCUUGGCAUGUUCAACAUUUUUAACUGUGAUUACGGCAUCAUAAUGAUGUGGUGGCAGUGCUGUAUCAAAAACAGUCUAGUUCAGCAGAAAAUGUGCUGCCAUAUGAUAUAGUGCAUUUAAUCAUCAAAGCUCCUGAGAGGAACUUCAAUUUUUCCUCCUGUGGACAAGGCAGUCUUUGCAUAUCCUGUUCUCUCUAUUGUCCUGUUAUCUUGUCUGGUUGAAGUUAAAAACAUCUUAUCCUUCUGACUUUGAUAGUCAAAUGUCACAUUUAUUAGGAAUAUUUUAUAUGUUUAAUGUAAAAACAUUUUUUUACUUAAAGCUGUUGGCCUGACACCUACCCCCCCAUAUAAGGCUGGGCGAUAAACCAAAAAUUUACCAAUACAGAAAUUUGUCGGUAUAUUCGGUGUACAAAUACUGCUCAAUAUAUUGUGAUAUUGAUUUGAGGCCAUAUCGCCCAGCCCUACCCUCACACCAGCUUCGGUCUUAGAAAAUGUGGAUAUAACAUUUUUAAAAUAAGGUAUAGAUAUGAAUUUUAGUUAAUUUCAUAAAUGCCAAAAGAAAAAAAAAACAUAGCAGCUUAAAUUUGACAAAUAUUAAGUGCCCUCAUGUCUCGGUAGCAGUAUGUUAUUGUGUCAUGAAAAAAAGACCCAACUUGCCAAAGUUCUAAGAAUACAUAAGAAUAAAAAGUGAUAAUAAAAGUAUUUAAAAAGACAGAUGAAAAGUCAUAAAUAACACAAAUAUAUACUAUAUAAAUAGACAGCUUGACACAUCUAUAUCUGUCUGCCAGACCUGGGAAUGGUAUCUACAAAAGGCAUAUAUCUAAAAUAGAAAAACUCAUAUAGCAGGUUUCCAACUGCACUAGAUGUGAAAUGCUCCUGUGAUAUUAAAUUUGAAAAUUCAUAUAUCUGUAAGAUGAGAGUACAUCUUGGGUGGCCAAAUGAACUUCUCCUUGCAUUAUUUAUGCUUUAUCAUACCAACAUGUGAGAGAUGACUCUUCAGAUUUUCUGGGCUGAUAUUUGAGGUCCACUCAGGAUGUUUCAGACAUGUAUUAUUUAAGUAAAAUAACUUUCCCUUUAGGAACAAAAAACUAAUAAAUACAGCGUUUAGAUGUUGUGUGUCUUUGUUUUUUAAGUGGAUGCUGCUGAAUUUUUGGAGCUGGGAGCACCAGUGCUACCAAGUACAAAAAGUUAAUUUCAAGCCUUGAUACUCUAUGAACUCGGUUGUAGCGUGCCGCAGACACCCGUUUGUUGAAAGUUGUCACAAGUGAAAUGAAACUGUUUCUCUUUUGUUGUACUACCUGUAAACAUAUGUGCAGUACCAUGGUGAACUUUGAGGAAACAGUCCAUGAAUGAGAGGAAGAGGGCAGUAAUUUCAGAUCUGUGGCUUAAUACCAUGAGCUUAAUUCAUGCACCCAUUUAUUUGUUAGAGCAAGUAGAGCUCCACAGCGGACAUGCUGUCAUUUUUCUCGGUGACUCACAGCUGCUAUCCCCUGGGUUUUCCCUGAAAGGCAGCGGGGAGAAAAGCUGUCAUUUUUCAGUCUUAGGACGAGUUUGGAUGUUUCACAUUGUCUGUUUUAGUGAUGCAGAGAGCAUCAUUUGUCUAGAAACAGUGUCCCAUUUCUUUCUCUGAUACUUUGUCAGUUCAUUCAGUGUAGAAUUCGCUCCUUUUUUUUCUGAAACCUCCUCUUCUUCCUCAAGAUGUGACGAGCUGGAGGGAAGGUGGUGGCAGGAACCUUCAGCCCUCGUCCCUCACCCUCGGCCUGCCAGCAGAUCCUGAGGGUAAGAUCACUGCCCUGGGUGAGGCCGGCACCCCUCCGGCCUCAACUCACCCGCCCUCUGCCACAGGCACAACUUCCUCCCCCGCAGUGACGGCUCAGUCUCCGGUCCUCGACCCCAAGGAGCCCUCCCUGCGACCCGCCCAGCCUGUCCGCAGAACAACCGUCCCCACUGCCCUGCAGUACCAGCUUCACCAUACCUCCACUGCUGUCUACCACGACAUGUUGCCUGCAUUUGUAAGCGAUAUACUACUAUCUCAUGUUGUUGCUCUGUAAAGGCUUCAAAGAAUUGAUGUGACUGUUUCUUGUUUUAUGGUUUAUUGAUGAGUUUUGAAAGUCGUUUCAACUCUUCAUAGCCAAAGAAGUGCCUUCAAAUUGCUUAUUUACAUAGUUUAGUCUAAAAAAUGACCAACAGUACCAGACCUUUAUCAUUUAGAACCCGGUUGCAGCUCAUGCUUCAUAUUGGUUACGAAAAAAUCCUCUGUCAAAUUUCAAUUAUUUGAGAAUUUGUCAUGUUACUGUUUCCAGAUGUGCUCCAAAGAGACACGCGAAGCUCCAGGUACAGAAAGUGUUCCUACCACUGUCGCAGCCCCGGCCCGAUUUGACAGCAAACCAGCUUUCAGACAGAGCUACGCCAAACCUGAACUUGUAAAGUAAGUGGAGAGAGUUUCCCUGAGAGGUUCGUGACACCUCACAUUUACCGAACAGUCAUUUUUACCCCUCUCUCUUCUCGCAGUGGUGAAGUGAAAAGAGAGAACCGCUUUGUCCGCGCUCCACCUCGACUCUCAUCUCAGCCCAUCCGCAGGCCUGGCGACAGACCGCAGCGCCCGGCCAUCAUCAAUCCAGAAGACCUGAAGGAUCUGGAUGAGCUGGACAAUGACUGCGAGGAUGGAUGGGCUGGUCAGUCCUUCAUAAACUUGCUUACCACCCCUCAGUGAUGUUUGAGUCGUUCCCUUUUUAAGCACUGCUUCACUUUAAGUAUUCCUCCAGCAUUUACCAUUCAGUUUUCUGAUUCCACUUCAAAGGCAUUGGUACUCUUAUGUAAUGUGUAGGCAAAGUCAAAGCAAAAAGACUUUAAGUGCUCAUGUUUUAUAAUGCACAGUACCUAUUCUAACCCUGCAUCCAUUAUCUUGCGAAGGUAAGCUUAUAAAAUGACUGUUUUUGAGAAAUAUUCUGCACAAACCUAAAAAAUAGAGUUUUAUACAAGGAGAAGAAAAUUUGCACAUUGCAUCUUUGGGAGUCGAUGUAGCUGAGUCACUUGUAGAUCAGACCCAAAUACUUGUAUAACGCUCAGAACAGACACUUAACAUUUUUAUUAAACCUGCCUUAUUGAGACGACAUGCUAAUUCACUAUUUGGUUUGGGGGCAUCCUGAUUCAACUUUUAUACCUCUGAUACGAUACCAUUAUUGUAGCCUUCAGUGUUGUCUGGUACCGAUAUUGAUCUGAUAUUGGCACAAACUUGAGCAUGAUAAGUUUUGCACUCAGCUGCGAUGUCUUUUUGUGACUUAAAUGAAAAAUACUGCCACGAGGCCAACAUCAUCACUCUUACUCCUUGGUACUUUGUUAGUACCUUAGUACACACUGUUGUUGUGAUCACAUGGGCUCUACAUGCGAGAUCCGGGUGCUGCUAGAUAAAGGUGCUGAGGUGGAGUCUGGAAUUGACUGCUUGUAAUGGAGUGCUGACAUCAGAGAUUUUAGAUGCAGGCCAACAUAAUCCGAAAUUUAUUUUUUUGUUGAUAUCAGACCGAUAUCUGAUAAUUUGGUUUCCUGGGCCUGGUAGAGAGAGGGAUUUGUUCAUGGGGUUUUGUUGUGAGUCGAGGUCUGUCUUCACUUGGUGUUUAUUUUGAACACACCAUUGGAGCAAAAUCUUGAACUCAUCAGAAUCUCACCCAUAAAUCUAAUCACAAAUUGCACAAAUGUUUGUAAUCAUAAUUUCAUUUGAAAGCACUGUAUCCAGAUGGUGUAACUGAGAUAAAACUGUGAACCUGCUCAUUUAUUUAGCCGCCUCUUUUCCUCUGCUCAGUGAACAGUAAACUAGCAUUGUCAACCAGCAGGGAGAUAUUAAUUGGACGCUCCCUGUGCUCAAUAUCUUGUCCCUUAACGCUUCUGUUGACUGUUACUAUGUUGUUUUGUUUUAUCAGGACUCCAUGAAGAAGUUGAUUACAGCGAGAAGCUCAAGUUCAGUGAUGAUGAAGAUGAUCACUCUGGUGAUAAAAACAAGAUGUGGUGAGACUUCGCUCUUCAAAGCAUCCCUUGUUUUUUUUUACUAUAAAUGGUCCACGCCUUGGUUUCAGAGGUGUCCUGUUUGAACUUGGAUUGGUUGCUUCUUAGGGCUGAAUGGGAGAGGGAGAGAGAGAACUGCCAAUCCUCCCUCAGUUCAGGUGAGGCAUCUUACCCCCAGGAGGGCCCUGAGGAGAGUUAUUCUUACCAACAUCACCACCAUGAGCCUCCAAGGAAGACCAACAGCAGAUAUCUCUCCACGGAUGCCCCGGUAACUACACACAAUACUGUGUUUUCCCACUUUCAUCCAACCCCUUUUUGAUUACUUACCAAAGAUUAACUCAUUAUGGUGUUAUCCUCAGUUAAAACACAUCUUGUUCUUUAAUCCCUCUGAGCCUGCGGAGGAUAAGGCAGCACUACAGAGAAUAUGAAUUGCAGUGCGCCUUCACAUGGCCUCGAGUGAGACUGUCAUUGUGAAUUGGCAGAGAUGACCUUGCAGUAACCAUAGAGAUACAUCUCACUUCUUUAUCAUCGGCGAAGUCUUUAACUUAGCAAGUGAAUGGCAUGUUUAAGAGUAGUAGAAACAGGGUUAUGCAUUUGGCCUGUUUCAGUCUAAAAAAUGGAUUCCGUCAAAAAGAAACUAUGAGCAAAGUUUCACAGUUGUGCAUUUAGGUGGAUUAUUUUACCGACAAGCCUUUGAGACCAUAGGUUAUCGAUGUGAGUAGGUGGGCUAUGCAGGCAAAAUAAUACAAAGCAUCACUCUCAGUCUAUCCAACCUAUUUUACCUGGGUGCACAAAAUUUUGCAAUACACGUAGAAAACAAAAAAGUUUGACCUAAAACUUCAAAAAAAUACAUAACAGUAACAUUUUAAAGGCACGGGCAUGCAUGCACAAGCAAAACAUACAAAAAACAUCAUUAAUGAAAAGCUCUGUGUUUUAAAGAAUAUCUCCCUUUAAUUGCCUCCAUUUCUCUUCCAAGUCUCAGCAGAAAAAUCAAGGAGAGUCUCCUGCUGACCCGGAUGACCACCAGCGCCAGUCUCAGACUCAGGGUCCAGCGAGAGCUAAGUACGUGUCACCUGAGCUGUCUGAGGCUGUUGAGAGAGCGCGCAGACGUCGAGAGGAGGAGGAGAGACGCGCCCGCGAGGAACGUCUGGCCGCCUGCGCUGAAAAACUCAAAAAGCUGGAUGAGAAAUUUGGGAAGACUGAAAGGCAGAUGUCAAGGUCUGAUGAAAGCCAGAAGGAAGGAGAGGGUAAAGAAGCCCCACUCUCCCCCCACAGGGAGCAGAGUAAAGGCCACCAUGAGACCUGGCAAUACAGCACAAAGGGUAAGACCAAAUCUAUCUUUCUUUAUAUCUAUAUCAAUAUCACAGAAACAAAUCACAGCAUGUUUCUCAAUCAAAUGUUCUCCAGAUGGAAGUGAUGGUCCCCCAGAUCACUCUUCUGGCCACAGUUACCGCGAGGAACCUGGCUUCUCUAACUACCGUGGCAGUGAAGAUGAGAGCCAGGAGCCUUCCUCCCCAUCAGGAGACUACAGCGGACGCCACCCCUCAAAACCCAUGCCACCCCGCUUUCAAAAGCAGCCACAGCACCACCAGCAACAGCAGCAGCAGCAGCAGGUGAGCACUAGCUAAUGUCCCCUCCAACCUGUUACGUCUUCACCCCACACACUGUCUGCCAAGAAAAGAGUAUGAUGCUAGACCUUUAUCUACACAAAGAUUGGUGUUUCAACCCAGAAAUACUUGCUGAUAGUCAUUGGGGUUUAUUCAAUGAUUCAAACCCUCCACCUCUCAUUGUGGUUUCAAACUUCAAUUCGGAAAAAAGAUUGUUUCAGUGGAAGAAAUCUUGCUAAUUUGAUUAACUUUGACAUUCUGUACUUACUUCGACUAACUUCUAGAAAUUAGUUUUGCUCCCAACAAGUACCAUGGAUUUGGCCGCCAAUACCUAAUCGGUAAAUUUGCUGAUCACGUUCCUCAGGAGCAAGCAUACAAAAUGCAGCACUGGCAGCAGUCAGGUCACCCUCCCUCCUCCAGCUCAAGCCACAGCCAGCGGGGCUACUAUCCGCCGCACGUCCUCGGGUUUGAUCCUCGCUGGAUGAUGAUGCCGCCUUUCAUGGAUCCUCGCAUGACUCAAGGAAGGUCUCCGGUGGACUACUACCCUGGUGCUGUCCAUAAUUCAGGUGAGUAAAGAACCCUACCUGGAUCAUCUGAAAUCACACAACUUCCUGUUUUGCUGUCAUGAAAUAAGUCCAAAACUUGAACGAUUCCCAGCAGGAAUGAUGAAACCCAUGAUGCAUCAAGACCACUUGAAUAGUCCUGGUUCCGAUGAGGGAUGCCACUCCAGUGUGCACCAGGAGAGACGAGCUCCAUCCACUGAGCCUUACCCGAUGUGGAACCAAGAUGGCUACCCUUUACGCAGCUUCACUCCCCCCUACCAGAGGCAGCAUGAAAGCUCAGACAGCGGCCAACCAGAUGACAGGUCAGCUAUCUUUUCCGGACCAAACUCCUAAGUGAACCCGGCCCCUAUUGGUGGACCAUUCUCUCUUAACUAGUAUCCCCUUUUGUUUCCACAGAAGUGAUUUGGCCAGCUCACAACAGGACUCCUAUGAAGACAGAACCAGCGAGUGCUUAAACCAAGAGGAUCUCCCCCAUCAUGCCUACCAGAGUCGAAGCUCUGACCGAGAACACAGACACCGUGACCAAGGCUUACUGACCACCGCUCAGAACCUCUCCCAGAGUCAUUCAGACAGCGAUUACCCCAAACAAGACUCCAGAGACAAGCAUCUGAAAGACAGCCCCGAAUCUCACGAUGAGAUCUUAGACAGCUCGAAGGACAGCUGGAAAAGAGAUGGAGGGACGAAACAAGAUGAAAGACUCUGCAAUGCUCAAAGCCAGUGGUCUGAAGCAAGCUCCAGUUCCAGCAGUAGUGUAAGUCAGCCGUCGGAGACCAGUGGCCGCACAUUGAUUCGUAGAACUGGGCCCAUCAAGAAACCAGUUCUUAAAGCUCUCAAAGUGGAAGAUAAAGAAAACGAGAAGCCCAAGCCGGAGCCUGAGGAGAAGACUGUCCCCUAUCGCCUGGAGAAGGAAAUCCUUACUAACGUUUACGACCUGAAGAAAGACAACCAGCCAGCAAACAACAGGCGCUCAGCCUCACCUGUCGUUGAGAAACAGCCUGAAGAGAGGCAGCGCCAGUCACCAGCUCCCACUAAAACAGAGAGGCCUCUGAGCACCCAUAGUGACGACUCCCCCAAAGAGAGCACCUGGGAGAGCAACAAGAGCCAAUCACCCAGAGACAGCCAGGAAAACCGGGAGCCCCACGCACCGCGGCGCAACAACUGGAUCUUCAUCGAUGAAGAGCAGGCCUUCGGUGCAGUCAGGGGAACAGGCAGAGGGCGCAGCCGCGGUUUCCGGGAAUUCAACUCCAGAGGAGGAACCCGCGGUGGCCGAGGUGGCGACAAUCUCAGAGGAGCUUAUAACAACAACAACAACAGCAGUGGAGCUCAGCGAGCUGGCAGAGGCCGAGCAACACCCAGGGACGUUGUCAAGGUAGACGAGUUCCAGAGGGGCAAGCCGCGGAGGCGAAACGUCAGCGAGACCUUAAGUGAAGCCUCUGAGUACGAAGAACUGCCCAAGAGGCGACGCCAGAAGGGAUCUGAGAAUGGAGAAGCUUACACAGAGUCUGGAGAAGCCCGUAAAGCUGACAGAGACUCCUGGAGGUCUAAUAAGGUCUACACAGACGACCAAACGGCCCAAGAUUCCCGGGAUAAGACCAAGUCCAACAGAAACUUUGGAGGCCGCAUACUCCCCCCCAGACUGAACACGGCCGGAAGCUACAAUCGAAACUUUGGAGGAUCCAGGGACAUCUCGACUUGGAGAGGCCGUGGACCCCAGUUUAGUGGUAGUGGCGGCUCCAUGCAAGAAAACGGUUAUGGUCCUGGAGCUGAGACUACAUUCUCCCGCAGACCCCCAGUUGAGCGUGAGGCUCUAAAGUACGCCCCGAAAUUCACCGGCUCCUUCAUGGAAAACGGCACAGAGGAACGGGAAGGAGAAUACUACUUCGACAACGAUAACCCCGACAGGCAGAUUUUAAGAAGACGGCGUCCACCCCGUCAAGACAAACCACCAAGAUUCAGACGACUCCGACAAGAGCGCGAACCCGGGUCAAACCAGUGGACGAGCGAUGAGUACAUAAAUGGAGACUUUGCAAACCCUUGGCCGAAUCGCCCCAAAGGCGGCGGAGAAGAAAGCUGGCCCAGCGGCCACUACUCAGGCGGACGAUCCAGCCAGCACGGUCAGACAGAGGAAUGGGAGACGGGAUCAGACAACAGCGACUUUGGCGACUGGAGAGAGAAGCGAGGAGGAAGCGGAGGCGCUGCACCGCAGGGACACGGCGAUAUCCCCUCUGACUCGGGUCACAGUGAACCAGGCUCUGGCGAGAAGAGGGAGCUUUGCAAGAGAAGCUUCUCCAGUCAGAGACCGCUGGUGGAGCGGCAGAACAGGAAAGGGGAGCCUUCCCUGCUGGAGACGAGCAAGAUGGUGCGCACGCCUGAGCCACCUGCCUCCUCGUCCAACAGAAAUGACAGCUGGCAGAAUGGAGGCACUGCUUGUACGAGGUAAGCCGAAACAUCAAACAAAUUAUGAACCGAAGUAGAAUAUACUAUAACCACAUAUGUUACUACUGAUAAAAAGGCUGAAUCUGUGCUGAGUUUAACUCAUGAUUGUUAUAGUUGCUUGCAUAGAUUUACAUAUUUUCGCAAUCACUCAUGCUGCUUUUGAGUUACCUUGGAAGUCAGCUGUCUGGGCUGAAAAUGACGUAACACUCGAGUUACCAGCGUUUCUGUUACCAAGUCAGAAAAAAACAAAAAUCUGAGGCCUAAAACAAGAUGAAAGUUGUUUAAGCACUUGCCUUAUAUUCGGACGAAGCAAGCGCUAAAACAACUUUCAUCUUGUUUCAGGCCUCAGAUUUUUGCUAUUGUCCGACUCGGGUGUGACGUCAUUUUCAGCUCAGACAUCUGACUUCUGAGGUAACUUGAACGCAGCAUCAUAAAGUGACGGGAAACUUCUUUUUGUCUGAGGAGACACAAGAAUCUGUUUAAAUUAGACAAUGACAUUUAAAAGUAGCCGUUAGUGUUUGUCCUGCAGUGAUUUUUUUUUUGUUAUUGUUGCAAAGUUGUUUUAAUUGGUCAGUGAUUUCUAUGUUGUUUCUUUUUCAAAGUGGCUGAGGUAAACACAAAAUAGUUGUGGCCUCAGGUCAAUAACUCAGCAGUGAAACAUCUUUUAACAAACCAGACUUUUCUUUCUAACCAUAUGCAGUUAAGCUGUGAGCUGUAGCCUGAUACUCAUCAGUACAAGCUGUUGGAUUUGUAGUGAGGGGGUGGUCCCUGUCCAUUUUUUCAUUCAUAUUACUCGACGACAUAUAUCUGUUAUUAUAAGGAGACUUUUUAGAUCAAAUAUACUUUGUUCUCCGGCUUAUUUUUGUAAUUUGCUCAAUGCCUGAUGUAAACAUGAUAUUUACAUCCUGCUCCAGGUAAUUCUACUUCGAAAUAAAAACUGGAUUCAUGAACUCCAACAUGUUUUAGAUUCCUGAAAAGUCAGCGUCUGUUUAAGUGUAAUUGAUCUCAGCGGUGCUCAGAAUACCCGACUGUAACCCUGCUCUUCCUUUUUUUUCUUUUCAUCAGAGGCCCAGAUGAGUCAGGCGCGGUCUACAGCCUAGAGCAGCCAGAGGAGAGGGAGCCCAGUGAGGCCUCUGGGAAGAAACUAGACAAAGAGCUGAAGCAAGGAGCCGUCAUGACAGACAUAGUUGAACCUCUGUCCCAGUAUGAGCUCAGCAGCUACCCACGUGAGUCCAGCUCUUUGAAUUCAUCUUUUUUAAAAUCUCUUCAUGUUUAAAAAUUUAAAAAGCAGAUCUAAACGCACACCCGUGCCCAUCUAGAGGGAGAAAGAUUGCUGUACGCUCAGACAUAAAGAUAACACUUGGUACUGAGUUUCCUCCCUUAAUGUUUCCCAUGCCGGUGUGCCUGUUCUAUAGUUGAAGGAGACAUAGGGGGACCGGUUUCAACUCCAGAUGGAUUCCAGGAUGCCCUGUCCAAAAAGCAAAGACGCCCCCAGGAAGAUGAGAGGAGGAGGAAGGAACAAGUCGCUGCCGUGAGUGACCAUAUGUUAAGUCCUGAUGCUCACAAAGUGGUCAUGCUGAGCGUAAAGAAAAAAGUGCUCACUCGGUUAAACAUUCAUUUUUUUCUUUUUUUUUUGGACUGCACCAGGUGCCCGUCAAAAACAGGACCAUCACAUCCAAGAUACCGCCACGCUUUGCCAAAAAGCAGGGAAGCAUGAGCCUUGAACAACCCGAAGAGGCACUUACCUCGAACAACCUUGGAACUGAAAUCUGGGAGACGAACAGCUCGGGUAAUGGACACCAGUGCUUUUGUUGGCCUUAAGAAGCGUCAGUCUAACAGUCACAUGAAAGUCAUUUGAAAAUGUUUGAUGAGCAUGUUGGUUUGAGCACAUUCUUAAAAUAGACAUACCAAGUGAGUUUAUUCUUUUGAAGGGCUUACUCAUUUCCUGUUUUUCAAUCUUUUUUAGCUCUGUCAGUUCAGUCUUCAGGGGGAGACUCGUGGACUAAACAGGUGUCUUACACUGGAAGCGAACCAAACUCUGAGGUAGGACGGUGGAGUUGCUUGUCUGGACCAAGUGUUCUAUGAUUUAGUAUUUUUAUUAACAAACAACCUAGAUCAUUUCGACAGACAGAUAAAUAGUUGUUUUCUUCAUCUUUCCCAGGACUCCGAUGCCGGCCCCGAGCAGACUAAAGAGCAGCACAAGCCGGGACCCAUCGGAAACGAACGCUCCUUAAAGCACCGCAAGGGCUCAGAAGGUGUCGAUCGUCUGGAGGGUGGCCCCAUCACACCAGUUAACGGUGUCGACCUCCAUGUGGACUCAGUGCUUCCUGUGCCGCCUAUCGAGUUUGGAGUCAGUGCCAAAGACUCCGAUUUCAGCCUUCCACCUGGCUCCACUCCCGUGCCCGUGUCUAAUCCUGUCAACAAACUUCAGGAUGCACUUACCACCAAUGUGAGUAUCGUAUAUUAUCCGUAGGUUUCAGCUGAAAUCUGAAAUACGAGAGCGUCUUUUUUGAAUCUUGAACUUUCUCUUUGAACCAGACGGCUCUCAAUCAAACCAUCCCCAUGCUUCGAUCCAACCACCUGCAGCCCGGCAUCAACCUCAACCCCAUCUCCUUCCCCACAGCUGAUCUCACUCUCAAGGUAACGGACACACAAUCCCACGCACACAAGGAAUAAUCAGUGUCAUUUCAUGUAAACUUAUCUGGUAUUAAACAAACGCAGAUGGUCAAAAACAUACUAUCUCUGUGAUUGGAACAUGCUUAUCAACUUUAAAUGUGUUGUUUUCUUCAGAUGGAAUCCGCCCGUAAGGCUUGGGAGAACUCUCAGUCCCUCCCUGAGCAGGGCUCUCCUGGUGGGGGAGCCUCUGGUGCUCAGCCCCCCUGCAGCGUUGGCUCAUCCAGCGGUGUCAGCUACAGUUCGUUCGGAGGAGUUUCCAUGCCUCAGAUGCCUGUGGCUUCUGUAGCACCCUCCAUGUCCAUGCAAGGUAAAACUUCAUUUAAUUAAAUGGGUUCGAUGAGGGUCUGAUCUCUGAGGAAAUAUUACUUGAAGGCUGUCCUGUUCCCUUCGCAGGUAAUCAUAUUCCCCCGUUGUAUCUGGACGGUCAUGUCUUUCCCAGUCAGCCCCGCCUCGUUCCUCCCACCAUGACUCAGCAGCAGACUUACCAACAGGUACAGAGAUUAAAUCACAAGUGCACACAGUCAGGCUUAGUUACGUAUGAGCAGAAAUGUAAUUGUGUUGUUUAUUUUUUACAUCAGGCGGCUGCAGCCCAGCAGAUCCCCAUCUCCUUGCACACUUCUCUUCAAGCUCAGGCUCAGCUGGGGCUCCGUGGAGGUCUACCUGUUUCUCAGUCACAGGAGAUGUUCAGUUCUAUCCCUCCCUUCAGGUACUUGAUUUCUGAAAUUUCCAUUGGGCUUGUAAAUUUGUUUUCCUUCACACAUUUGUCUCCAUUUUUUCAGCCGCUCAUUCUGUGUCAUCUUCCCCCAUUUUCAGGUCCCAGGUCUACAUGCACCCCAACCUGUCCCAGCCUAGCCCCAUGGUGCUUUCCGGCGGAGCCCCCCUGAAGGGACCCUACUCUGCUUUCCCUGGCAUGCAGCCCUCAGACAUGGUCAAACAACAGUCAGGCUCCCACUACCAGCCCAUGAAUGGCAGCCAGCAGCUGGUCUAUGACAGCCAAAUGAACCAGGGGCCCGGUAUGGGCUCGUCCCAGCUGAUGGACUCUCAGCUCAUUCAGGUCGGUGACAUAGAUGAAUUUCAGCUUUUAGCAGCCUCCCAUAAAGCAGUUCUCAUGGAGCUUGUCAAAGAAAUUAAUGAACUCGUACUACUCAUAAAACAUUUGGAGCAGACUCAGAUCAUUCCUGGAUUGCUGAGACAUAAACAUAUCUUUGUUUCAUGCAGGUGACCAUGCCACUCCCCGGCUCUCAGCUGCGCUAUGGCUCGGCUCAGCAACACCUCAUCCUCCCACAGUCCAUCCAGCUGCAGCAGGGACAGAACCUGUCAGUGGGUGCUCCCCGUCGAAUGCUGCCUCCCGGCUCCCAGCCUGUCAUGACCAGCCGUGAGGUAGGACCCCCCUUUUCUAUCUUUUAACCAAAAAGUGAUCUAAUGAGAAAUAAGCGCAGUAAUAAAAAUUUAAAUCGUCUCUUUCUUUUCGCAGGGCUCACAGAUGGAAAUGAAAGGAUUCCAGUUCUCUGAGAAGCCCAGUCAUUCCCCGGGGAUUUCUGGAGGGUCUUACAGGUGAGUGUCCUCCAUAUGCUGCUGUGGACUUUUGACAAGUGUGGGGAUGGGAAUCGAGAACGGGAUCUUGUUUAGAACCGGUUCCAAAUGGUUUAAUAAAUCGACAUCAUUUACCUUUUAUCUUGAAGAUUCCCUCAACGAUUCCUUUCUUCCGGGUGCCUUGAGUUUGGUUUCACGAGUGCCAGUCUACGAGAACAGAGACAGAGAAAAAAGUAGGCAGAAAUGAUAAUAAUAAUAAUGCAUCAGAUUUCAUAUAGCGCUUUAUCAGAGACCCUCAAAGCGCUUUACACACAGUCACACUUUGGUGGUGGUAAACUACCUUAGUAGUCACAGCUGCUCUGGGGCAGACUGACGGAAACGUGGCUGCCAUUUUGCGCCUACGGCCUCUCCGACCACCACCACACAACACUCACAAUCAUACACCAGUGGAGGACACACACUGGGAGCAAGGUGGGUUAAGUGUCUUGCCCAAGGACACAACGGACAGACUUGGGAUAGGGGGGAAUCGAACCGCCAACCUUCCAGUUAUUGGACGACUGCUCUACCUCCUGAGCUACUGCCGCCCAUGAUCUAAGUGUGGCUUAAUUUUACGAAGAGAGACAACAACAGCGCAACAUGCAACGUUUGUCGAGCGGUGAUAACAUGCAAUGGUGGAAACACCAGCAGCAUGCUUAAACAUUUGUCACAUGCAGCACAGCAACCAAUACAUACAUUUUUUUUCUGUUAUCAGAGACUCAAUAAGAUUUUAAGUGAACGAUGAAAACCUAUACUCUACUUUGUUUUUUUUUUUCUAAUCAAAGAAAGGCAUUGAUAUGGGAAUCGUUAAAGAAUUGAUUCGAAAAGCAGAAUCAAUAAUGGCAUCGAUCAAAUCUUAUCAAUUCCCAUCCCUAGACAAGUGAGAUUUGGAGUUAAAUAAAUGCACAUAUUUUGAAAAUGGAUUGUAUCAAAGUCUCUUUUUUUUCUCAUCAGGCCAGGGUCUGCCAGUCCCAGUGGGAAGCCUUCCGGUCCUGGGGGGCCUGUUGGGCCUCUGCCGACACACUUCACACAACAGGUAUCUAUUUUUCAAGUUUAUCAUUUGAAACGUCUUUGUUAUUUGAAGGUAAAUGAGGUGGGGCUUUAUACUCUCGGGAUCUCAUAAAAAUUUCACUCUCUUGUGUCCACUUGGAAAUAUCAACAUUUCAAACAAAGUUGGUGAUUAAAAGAUUAAAGAUUCAGGUCCUAACAUGCUAACUGUCUGUUUUUUCCUUCACCCCCCCGCUCCCUCAUCCAUCCCGUCCCCCCUCUCACCCACCUUCCCCCCACAAAUGACCAAUAGGUCCCACCUGCUCAGGGUAGCAUGGUGAUGCACAUGCGCCCCCCCACCACUGGCCCUUUCCCUAACCCCAUUCAGAGACCCGUCAUGCAGGUCAACAAGCCUGUCAUCAUUCGUUCCCCCCCUUACUCCAACCCUGGCCGUGACCCUUCCCACUCCACCCCUCCCUCUGCCCCUGAGCCCCCUGUCAAAGGGCCAGAGGAUGGCAUGAAGGUGAGCCACCCACUGUAAAUAUAGGUAAUUUGAUUUCAUCCAUUUUCUUUUUCUCUAUUUGUCUUUCUCGUUGAAUGUGUUUUCUUACAUGCCUUUGACUUACAGUGGAGUUUAGUUUAAUCAUGAAUUGUCUGGAUACAGAAUAUCUGCAGAUAAACUUGUAAUGGAUGCAUUUUUAAAUACUAAUUAUAACAAUAAUAUAAAUGUGUGUUGUCUAACUCCUCUUUAAAGGGAUAUUCCGGUGUAAAAGUAAUUUAGGGUCAAACACUGAGUUAGACACCCCCUUGAGAGAUGAAUGUUGCCAACCGCUUGCUUCUCUAGUUAUACAAACUUUAGUAACGACCGCACAAUAGCAAUACACAGCAGUCUGAGGAGCCAUCAACAAACCUCAACCAAAAGCCACUCUAUAGACACAUAUAAUGCUCAGAACAGCACCUAACUCCAUCAACAGUGCAUACAGGGUCCCACCCAUAGUACUAGCCACCAAACAUCUUUUUAACUUUGACUCAUUUCUUUAGCAAAGAGACUAAACAUAACUCACCUACUCUCUUCCAGCAGCCGCUUGUUUGUAGCGAGACCUCGGGCCAGUCCAUUACAGACUGCGGCAGGGUGACGCAGCUCAAGGAAGAACAUUUAUAAUCAUUAUGUUUUUGACCUUAAAUUAAUUUUACGCCAGAAUAUCCCUUUAAUAUGAAAGUGUUUUAUCGUAUGAAAGUAGCUGAAAAGUUAUGCACAUUGUUAACUUUUAUAUUACUGAAUAACAAGCAAGUAAUGGAUAAAACUGUUCAUGGUUUUGGAUAGUCCAAAGCUGGUCAAUUCUUGAAGUGAUGACAAUUUGUGAAUAAGAAUUUAUCUUUCCUGCUUCACAAAUAAGAAAUUAAACUGACAGAGAAACAAAGAGAGUCAUACGUCAGUCAAACGCCUCCUCCUUCUCUGUUUUCUAUAUCAGCCUCGGACUAUCCAAACCUGCAUAAAUGCAACUAAAUGUCUUCUUUUCCAGUCUCCGUGUUCCGUCUAAGCUCCUCUUUCCUUCUCCUUCUGCGCAGAAUAAAACCCUGCGAGACGUACGCAAGGCAGUGGGUGAGAUCAAGACGCCACCCGGGGGCAUGACCAGCAAACUCCAGGAGCCCCUGCCCUCCACAGGGCAAGCCAAACCAGCACGCACUGGAGCCAUCAAACCCCAGGCUGUCAAAGUAGAGGAGGGCAAGGCAUAACAAUGGACCUUUAAAAAUCCUCAUCGCCACCCAGCCUGCCUUCACAAAGCCCCCUGACCAACGUCUGAGUCUGCUUAGACCCAGCUUAUACCCAGGCACCGAGGCAGGGGGGACAACAAGCAGACAUCGUAAUGAAUUACUCCUCUUGAACUGUCAGAACUGGACACUAUUAUUUCACACCACGUAUAGAGAUAUAUAAAUAUAUAUAAAUAUAUACAUAGACACAGUCUUUUAAGCAGAUCUCUUCAAGGUCCUCUUUAAUUUAUUAUUAGUCACUUUGAAGGGGAGAUUGGUAUGGAGGAAAAAAAAGAUAUUUCUGUUUUUUUUUUUCGUUUCUCUUUGGGGUGGGGAAAAGGAAAGUGGCCAACUCAGACAGAUGGUUCAUUUUCACACCAUUUUGCCAAACUGUAUUUACUCCCUGUUUAUGGACUGUAGCCCUUAAGACCAGGCAGACACAUGAAACAACUGACUAUGAGAAGAAAAGCCUGUUCAACAUUUUUAAACAAAUUUGAAACGCAGUGGGUCACUUUUUUUUUUUUUUGUCAUUUUUCAUUGGCAUUUUUACUGGUAAAUAAAACAUCCAGUCAUCACUUCCUCUCCUCUUGGUAAAGGACUUCUUUUAUUAACCCCGAAGAAAAAUACUCCCCAAUUUGUGGACAUCUUUGCAUGUCAAUAUGAUGGAAUUGCAUCACCCUCGAAAUGCACCCAGCCCAUGAAAGAUGGCUUCGAUUGGUAGAAACGAUCUCUUUUCUCAAACUGUUCUUUGCUUUUACAUCCUGUCGCUCUUUUCUGUAUGUAAAUUGAAACAAAAAAAAGUGGACAUUUUUACCAAAAUCAUGUUGCUUCCACACAAAAAAAAAACAAAAAAAAAAACCCUUCACUGGCAUUGAUACAGCGUGUGUGCAUGUGACCUGCUGAACGUGUGCAAACUGGCAGCAACAUUUCACAAAGACUGCACCUGAACUCGGCCUUCCUUCAUUGUGCUGCCAUCGACUGCCUGUAUCAUGAAAAAACCCAGCUGGCGACCCUUUUGUAGGGCCCAUUGUGAAGUUAUAUAUAUCCAGGGGGAGAGGCUUGACUCACAAUUGCUGUAAAAGACCCCCGCCCCCCUCUGAAUUGCUGAUUGAAAUGUUUGCUUUCUUAUCGCUUUCUUUGGGUUGUAAUUAAUCAAAGUGUCUGUUAAUGAAGAUGUGAUGUAAGUAAUGAUUUCUACGCCCCUCAUUCUGGGGUGUUACGCUUUUUUUUUCUUUCUAAGGCUCUUAAAAGACUUCUCUCUAAUUCCGUUGAAGUCCCCGUUUAAAGCACUGUGGGGAAUCCUGAAGAAACCGACUCAUCACCAUUUGAUUAUUCUGGUCUCUGAAGUGGCACUAGCAAUAACUGCAGCCUAAAUAUAAUCACAAUCAGGGUCCAAAUAACCAUUUCUGUUACUAUGAUCACAACCAAGGGGGCGUUUAGCAUUGCUUGCUGCAUUAAUAUCUGAUCUUUGCUCGAGCUUUUUUUUUAUUUUAAAUUUUUUUUUGUGAGCACUGCAGUUCCAGUGGACUACGAAGGACUUUUUAAAAAUGUGAAGCUGUUGGAAUUUUCAUUUAUUUAGUUUUUUUGUUUUUCGUAAUGGACAGUUGUUUUUGAAGCUCACAAUGCCAAUGUCAUUACUGGUUAAAUGUUACUGCUUACCAUACAGCUCCAUGACACUACAAAAUGUUGCGAUUUCUCUUAAUGACAGUGUUUCACUGGUAUAUAUGUAUAUGCAUACCUAACUGUACAGUCAAGCCUUGUCAGCGAGGGGAGGCUUAAACCCACAUUUCAUUUUAGAUAUUGUGGCACUAUAAAGAAUUUAAUGUUGAAAAGGUCACUGUGUUCUCAGAAUGGACUGCUUUCACUUGUUGAUAGGUUUUAUCGGGCUUGGAGUGUUUUCUUUUUUUCUGCAUCUUAUCCCUUACUGCAAAAGAUCUUGAUGCUUCUCAUCAUUGUUCCUGCACCAAAAUGUUGCCCUGACCUUUUUUUUUUUGUACUUUGAAGAUGCAUUUUUCUUUCUUUUUUUUUGUCAGAGGACCACUGCUUUCUACAGCUGAUCCAGCAUUCUAUUUAUCCUACUUGAUCUUUAUCCUUUCAGAUAUUUGGUCAUUACUCUCCCUUGUUAAAAAAAGAGCUUAUUGAAAGAAAAAGAAAUAAAGCAGUUGUGAUUUCUUAAAUGUACUGUUGAUUCUGUAUUCUCACUUUGUCAUUAAAAUCAUACAUCAACUGCUUGUGAAGGCAGAAA